AUGUACGUGUGCUUCCAGGACUUGAUUCCCCAAGAUCAAGAACAAUCUCCAUUAACGAAGUACACUCAUUUGCAAACUAGUUUGGUUUUGCGGGAGACUCACCUAGAACCCAUCACAAACGAGAGAUUCAACUGCAUCCCAGAGCAAAGUCUUGCUUCAGAACAUGCCAUCUGCGGACAUAUCCCUUACAAUUCAAGAAGAAUCACUGGAGAUUGUGGAAUCCUUUACAUACCUCCGACGGGACAGUAUCCCGACUCUCCACUCAAGAAGAGUCUAGUGACGCGACGCUACAGCGCACCAGCUUUCCCUGUGAUAUUAAUUGUCCAAAGAGUUGGAUCUGUGUCAAUGGCGUUGAAUCUUUGCGCUGCAGCGCUUCGUCCUGCAAAAUCUCAACCAUUUAUGGAACUAAAAACUGCCUUCACUUCUGAUUUCGGGAUUCUUAGUCCUUAA